UUCUGGAAAGUUCAGCUCAUUGUUAUUAUUUUUAGUUAAAUUCAACUUUAAACCUUGGAACACAUUGUUAUUGUUUGAGCCAUCUCCUACGAUGGGAUUCCAAACUAAUAUUUUCAAACUGAUGGGUUCUGACGCAUCGUCGCCAUCAUAAAUGGGUACAUUAAUUUGUUUGGCUAAAACAGGUUAGAAAACCUUCUGAUACUUGCGGUAUAGUUUUCGAGUUUCACUACAUUAUUCACCCAUCAAGUGUACAAUACUUAAGUGAACGAGGUCAACAUAAUUUGAGCAGUUGUACAUGUAAUGGGUAAAAAAAGUUUAGUUUAAAAAUAGAAACACACCGUUCCUAGACUUUCUUUCAAAGUUUGUAAUUCCUCCAAUUUUUCACUCCGAGACUGUAAGGAACGUGAUGAAAGAUUCAGGAGGAGGAGGGGUCGACUACACUUUGGGACUGAUUGUCAUGAUGAACAAUGGAGAGAGUUCAUCAUUGGCAGUUUCACCUACACAAUGCAGCCACGAAAGAAUGGGCCAACUAAGCAUCACAAUGCAACACAUAGAAAAAGAAACUCCAACCAUCAGCCACCACAAUUCGAGACAAACACUUACGCAUCAUUCUCUCUUUCUCGCUCCAGCCAGCUCAGCCUACUUUCCUCUGGGUGAAAGUUUGCUCUUGGAAUAUCAGCAGGUAGGACGGAUGACUGGCUAAGAGGUUGGAAGUGCCAAUGUACCAAGAGUGCGCUGGACUUGGAGAAUUGUUGAACUUGGGGAGAGAGAAAAUAAAGCACUGUGGAAUCUGCGGCAGGAUACGUAGCUCGAAACUCUUGGGCUGGUGGGGGUUUUCGUGGUGUUGGUGCGAGGAGUACACCAUUCUGUUGAUGGUGGUCCAAGGAAGUGUGAGCAGCAUUGAGUCAAAGUGAAAUUGAAUUUCUUUCGUGUAUCUAUUUGGAAAUGUUUUGUACACUUUCAGUCCGUCACUCACUCUCAGUUUGCAAAAAUAAAGUGCACAUGGAUGGAAACGUUGGGCCCGAGUUUCUUCACUGUUGCUGCUCUUAAAUUCAAUGUGUUUUCAGCAUCCGACAAACCGAUGCUACAAACUUCCAACCUCAAAGGAUACGAGGGCACGGCAAGAAUGCUGGUGGUCUAAAUUGUAGCAUUCUAGAAAUUGGAGAAAAUUUUUAUCCCCGCUAUGCCCUCAGCCCUCACCAGCAAUGGAGGGCAAUACCCAAUGUGAAUCAAUCUCCAUUGUGGAUGUGAAUUGACUAGCAGAUCCGUUCACUUGUCUCCAAUGUCGUCCGAAGAUUGCGAAUAAAAAUUUAUUGUAGACAGUGUAAGUAAACAUAUCGGCAAGUGCAAUACAACUAUCAUAAAAAAUAUCCACUUUUGAAGCACGGACACCAAUGACAAAAUUUAAGCUUGACAUCUGAAAUUCUGAAUGACUUGUAUGCACCAAAAGUACGUUAAGUAGUGCUUCCAAGACUGAAAAGUAUCUUAGUUAACUGGCCCUAAGUCUGCCCUAGGUCUCUUUCUCUCUCUCUUUGAAGAAGCUGUAUAAGUUCUUAGUGGAAAUGGACAAUAAGAAAGGGGGUGAUGGUGGUGGGAAGCCAGACCAUGAUAAUCUGAAUGGAGGUGUUGUGGUCGGAGGCAAGUGGUAUCCAACCAUGUAUGACUAUUUAGUGGAGUCUACUGCUCAACGUUCUUCAUCUGUCCCUGCCACAUCCCGCACGGUUUCUGUGCCACAUUCUCGCUCCACCGCGACCGCGACCGCUACAGCACCCUCUUCCGUCGAGGAGCCGGAAUUUGAAAGAUAUGAUCCUGAGCGUGCAAUAAACGACUCUUAUGAAGAGUAUGUGAGAGAGGAACGGGAUGCAGCUGCCCCUCCCAAGAAAAAACCUAAAAGGGUCGCCCCACCGGCACUCUCGGCGCCAUCAUCUUCUGUAUCCUCCUCUCCGGCUCUUCCUCGACGACGUCCAACUUCUGCGCCCCAAACUCACUCGGUGACCGCGACCACCCCACCUUUGGCUCUUCUACCCCCAAGUGUCAGCGCCCCCACCAACGCUAGAGACGCCGAAAUAUACUCUCUCGACCCAGAUCAGCACGCACGGAGGGUGGAGUUCCGUGAUUGGCUUGAGAGGACAACAAAGGGUUCAUUUGAGGAACACCACCCCCGAUUUCUGCAAUACUGCGACGAGGUGGAGUAUCAUCCAACUAGAGACGUCUUUUGGCUUCCAAAUAUUGGAUUCGCAAUGAAACAAGCUAAUGGGCGAAACUCUUAUUGCAAGUCCGACUUCCCUAACCAAUGGCGAAAAAAUAUCUCCGACGCCACCGUAGCUUUCCAACAAACUCCUCGACGCAAAGAAGAGGUAGCUGCAGCGAAGGCCAAGAAAAGAGACGAAACCCCCCACACUCAUGUUUUCUAUAUAGAUGUCUCCUCUCCAAAUGUUGGACCUCUCACAGUUGCCAACUUGUGUGAUCCAAAUUUUGGAAUGUUGAUCUACCCUGGCCAAUGGGAUGCCAAAAAUAAUUCAGGAUACGUGACAAGCAGAUUAGGUCACAUGACCAACCCACGAUCAAAAGUCUUCCAACUGACUGCCGACUCCAAUAACCACACCCACGAGGUUUUGGCAGUCCGUUGCCAUUCUUUGGCCUCUCGUCACAAGGGUGAAGCUUAUAUUUUGGCAUACGGGAAAGAAUGGAAUCGUCUCCAUCUAGGUCAGGAGAGGUUUAUUUGGACACGCCCAGAGACUGAAAUUGGUGAGGAUGGUAUCGAGGAGGAGGAAGCUCGGGAGAAGGCACGAGACGGAAUUUGGAUUUUCCAAGCUUUGGAUGAGGAGGAUGAACCACACCCACUGGAAGGAGCACGAUUCGUUGACCUCGCAGACAUCCCGUAUGGAAUCAAGCAAAGUUACAUUAAGAAGAAAGUCAUUCCAAGUCUUGGACAGGGAUACAACACUUGGAAAGAGCAAUAGAUGUGACAAAUUUCUGGUCAUUAGUUUUUUUCAUGUUUUCAUGUUUUCACUUUUCCAUAAAUAA